UUUAAAAGGCUGGAUCCCUUCCUGCUGGUUAGAGGCACUUUUACAACCCUUUCAGCAUAUUUUUCUAGUGAAUUCACUCAAGUCUGGGCAGCACAUGGAAAUGGAGGACCAAAUGGAAAGCCAGAAGAGGAGAGGAGUGAGCAGAGAUACGCUAAUAUCUGAAGGGCCGAUUGGAUCUCUGGGAUGUUGCGGCUGGGUGCUGGUCAUUCUCUCAGGGAUUUUUGUUUUUUUUACCUUCCCAAUAACAAUCUGGGUUUGCUUUAAGAUUGUUCAGGAGUACGAGCGGGCCGUCAUCUUCAGACUUGGUCGCAUCACCGACCGAAAGGCAAAAGGACCAGGAAUUUUCUUCAUUUUGCCAUGCACUGAUUCUAUUGUGAAAGUGGAUCUGAGAACUGUGUCAUUUGACAUCCCACCACAAGAGAUUCUCACUAAGGAUUCAGUCACUGUGAGUGUGGACGGUGUUGUGUACUUCAGAGUAAGUGACCCCAUCGCCUCUGUGGCCAACGUGACUAACGCUGACUUCUCCACUCGCCUGCUGGCACAAACCACCCUCAGAAAUGUUCUUGGCACCAAGAACCUCGCAGAGGUCUUGUCUGAUCGCGAGGGCAUCGCCCACAGCAUGCAGUCAAGUCUGGAUGAAGCCACGGACAACUGGGGCAUCAAGGUGGAACGUGUGGAGAUCAAAGAUGUGAAACUGCCUCUUCAGCUGCAGAGAGCCAUGGCUGCCGAAGCUGAAGCAUCUCGAGAGGCCAGGGCAAAGGUGAUUGCAGCUGAAGGUGAAAUGAAUGCCUCCCGGGCCCUGAAGGAGGCGUCCCUUGUUAUUGCAGAGUCUCCAUCAGCCCUGCAGCUCCGCUAUCUGCAGACUCUCAACACCAUUGCAGCGGAGAAGAACUCCACCAUCAUCUUCCCACUGCCUAUGGAUGUCAUAUCUCACUUCAUGCGCAAGUGAGGCUGCUGAAGCUAUCAUUUGGAGUAUAAGGAAGUAGUUGGGCUGCAGUUAUUGACUCACUUCUCUAAUGUAAACAUACAACCCUUACCACCCUUCAUAUUUUGAUACAGCUAAAAUGUAAAAGGUGUGCGGUCCAUAUAUGAUUAACAAAAUCCUUUCCUUUUGCUUCACAAUUAUUCCCUACAUUUUUAUAAUAUAUAAGCUAAAUUCCAUCAAAAUACAUUAUAUUUGCAACUACAACAUAAAAAAGCAUAUGCUAGAGAAAAAAACUGCCAGAAAUCAUUGCCAAUCCUUCAUGGCUUAGUGAUUGUUAGCUUUGAUCAAACAAAGUCUUUCUUAUGGAUGUGAUAUAAAUAGAAAAUGAAUGCCAAAUGUAAUGCGGUUUUUUUAAUUUUGUGUCUGUAAUGAUGUUAUACAAGUAACUAAAUGUUUUAAUAAAUGUGUUUGUUUCAUUGUG